UAGUAGUCCUGGGUAGCGAGUAAGUGAAGACUUUUCUUCCAGGCCCUUGCUCGUUCGGCAAGCAAAAGUUGUCCAUUAGUUCGCGGCAUAUUGGAGGCUUUGAACCCUCCAAAACGAACCAAGGACUUUCUCCUGCAUAUCCUUUUGCCGUUUUAAACUUUUCAUCGCCGCUAACAGUGGGGUUGGCAGUUCCUGGCGGGACGUGCAAAAGAUAUCCACAAAACUCAAAUCAUCUACGAAGAGACGAUAACAUAUCGGAAUUUUUUCGAUCUUGACUUUUCCUUUCUUCUUGUAUUCUUCGAGCCUCAGGAGUGAGGGUUUUGGACACUGUCAAUAUUUGAGGUCUGUCGUCAAGGCGUUACAACAGUCAUGGCUCCCACGACCCAAAACCAUUCAGACCUUCUGGUCGACCCAGAUGAGGUCCCUGUCAUUGGUGAACAAGACAGAAGCGAAACAAGUUCGCAAGAUGAUGCGGCUCUCUUGAAAUCGAUGGGCUACAAGCCAGUGCUUCAUCGAACGUACACUCUCCUUGAGAGCUUUUCGACGACAUUUGCUGCGCUCUACUUCGUUGGUGGAGUUCGUGUGACUUUCAGUACUGGUAUUGCAGCUGGUGGUAAUCUAGCUUAUUGGACGAGCUAUCUGGUUACUAUGGUCUUCACAUUCAUCACCGCCGCGGUCAUCGCGGAAGUAUGCUCUGCGUCCCCGUCUGCAGGCUCAAUCUAUCUGUGGGCUGCCGAAGCUGGCGGUCCUAGAUUUGGAAGACUUCUUGGUUUCACCGUUGCUUGGUGGAGUACCACUGCCUGGACUACCUUUUGCGCCAGUAACACUCAGGCCGCUGUGAACUACAUGCUCUCGGAGUUGACAGUCUUCAACGUCGACUUUCCCACUGACACUAGUGAUGUCAAAUUUCGGGCAGUGCAAUGGAUCUGUACCGAGAUCUUGCUCGCAUUGGCUGCACUGCUCAAUUUCUUGCCUCCCAAAUACUUCCGAUUCGUCUUCUACCUAUCGUCCUCGAUGGUCUUGCUGGACUUCGUGCUGAACAUCAUCUGGCUUCCGAUCGGCGCUCACGACACCUGGGGCUUCCGGUCUGCCCACGAAGCCUUCAUGUCCACCUACAACGGUACCGGGGCCCCGCCAGCCUGGAACUGGUGUCUUUCCUACCUGGCAACUGCAGGUAUUCUGAUUGGAUUUGAUGCCUCGGGUCACGUCGCGGAAGAGACCAAGAACGCAUCUGUCACAGCCGCUCGUGGUAUCUUCUGGAGUACAGUCGCAAGUGGAGUCGGCGGAUUGGCGACUAUCAUCCUUUUCCUCUUCUGCGCGCCGGACGCCGAUACACUCUUCUCAUUCGGCUCUCCCCAGCCUUUUGUGUCUCUAUACGCCGUUGUCCUCGGCAAAGGCGGCCACGUCUUCAUGAACAUUAUCUGCAUUGUAGCUCUGUGGCUUAACACAGCCAUCGCCAUCGUCGCCGCCUCGCGUCUCGUCUUCGCCGUCGCCCGUGACGGAGUCCUCCCCUUCUCCGGCUGGGUCUCCCGCGUCCACAACGGCCAGCCCCGCAACGCCGUCGUCGUCGUCUGGACCGUCGCCGCCCUCGUCACCUGUACCCUCCUCCCAUCAAGCGUGGCUUUCACAUCCCUCGUCUCCGCAGCCGGUGUCCCCAGCGCCGCCGCAUACGGUCUCAUCUGCCUCGGCCGCCUCCUCUGCACGCCCAAGCGCUUCCCCAAGCCAAAGUGGAGUCUGGGCCGCCUAAGCAAGCCCUUCCAGUUCAUCGGCGUCUUCUGGAACGCCUGGGUCGUUGCCAUCCUGUUCUCUCCAUACGCGUUUCCCGUGACGGGGGAGAAUCUCAACUAUGCCCCCAUCAUCAUGGCAGGCGUGACGAUCCUCGCUCUCAUCUCGUACUUCGUCAUGCCUGAGGACGCCUGGUUACCCCGGAACCGUAUCUCGCAUUUCAUUGACAGCAAGGGUGCCGUCUCCGAGACGGUAGAGGAGGUCGGUUCGUCAAGAAGGGAACAACAUGAGGGAACUGCGUCUCAGUGAAAAAAGUACCUAUUUGAACGGGGUCGACUGUACAUUAUCCAAAAAGUAGUAUAUACUCCUAUUUAGCCCUCAUUUUGGUUGGCUG